UUCGAGAAUGGAUCUCUACUAUCACAUUAUUCCACCAACGAGCCGUGCUAUUUUGGUUUUGGCCAACAUACUGAAGUUGAAAUUAAAUUUGAUAUCCAUCGACACCAAAGAUGCCAACGAAAUGGAAAUGUUAUCCAAGAUCAACCCACUACAAUCGCUGCCAACUCUGGUGGACGGCGAAAUCGUAGUAGGCGAAUCUCACACCGUGCUCAUCUAUCUGGCGGAAAAAUUUGACAAAGCAGGCACCCUGUACCCGGUCGAUCAAAGCAAGCGGACCAAAAUCAAUGAGUGUCUUUUUUUCGACACCAACAUGUACAAGUGCUUCGUGGCCUACUCGAUGCCGGUGGUCCUUAAGGGAAUGGAACCGAACGAAGAACUGAUGGAAAAAUUACUGGUUUGUGUGCGUACCUUCGAUCGGUAUCUGGAGAAUCGUUCCUACGCCGCCUGCGAUCAUCUAACCGUGGCGGAUGUUUCGCUUUUUCAAACGAUUGCAGCUCUCGCCGUGAUCGAUAUUCAAAAGGCCGACUACGCUAACGUCAAUCGCUGGUACGAAAAAGUACACAGCGAAAUGACGGGAUCGGACGAAUUUCAGGCCCAGUGUGAGAGGGCUUUGCGGGCGUUUCUCGCGAAGCAGCUACCAAACUGAGGUCAAAUCACCGACCGACCGACCGACCAACGCGCGCGCUUUCUAAAUUUUGUUCCAACCAGCCCAUUAUGAAGUGUCACUAAACCUCCCCAUCCUCGUCCUCGUCGUCGUCGUCGUUAGUGAUAUUAUCUAAUGUUUGUGCAUGUAUUUCGGGCACUUCGCUUAUUAAAAAAAUAAUAAAAUAAAUAUAAUUUAACAGAUCUCCAGAAUUUUUAUAGAUUCCUAGAAGCAAUG